AUGGGCGAUCUAGGUGUCUCCACGUUGGACUCCUUGAAGGAGAAGUAUUUGCAGGAGGAUUUGAAUAACAUAGCUCAAGAUAUAAACUGUUUGACCAAAGCCAUCAGCAGCCUAAAAGAGGAAAAUGAUUUCCUAAAUGAAGAGUCCGAUAAUGUCGAGAGGGAGAACAAGGGCUUUACUGGUUUCCUGUCCAAGCGAGCAGAGCGAUUGCAUGGCGCAGCCAUCUCUCUGAAUGAGUACAACCACAGGAAACUGCAAGAAGUAAAAAGAGAGAAAGAAGAAAUGGUCCAGAAGUUGCAGAUGAAAGAGACGGAGAUGAGGAAUGAACUGAUGGACAAAGAGCAUGCGCUUUCUGUGGUGCUUAAAAAACUGGAGGAACUCCAGCCUUAUAAAGACCUGGAAGCAAAGCAAACGGUCAAAAUUGAGGAGCUGUCCCAGGAGAUAAUAAAGAUGAGGAAGCUUUACAUUGACAAGGAGAGAGAGGUGAAACAUACAUUUCUUAAAAACAAGGAACUGCUUGCCCAGGAGUCCAGAAAGAAGGUUGCCCGGCUGUCCAGAAGAGCAAAGAAACAGGCGAUUCUUUCUCUGCAAGCUCACAUCGAGAAGGUUAAAGAGGAGCAUUUCAAAAUACGAGAUAUAGCGGCAAGACUAUGCCAUCGCAAUAUGCUGCUGUAUGAGCUCAAGUGCAGACUGCAGAGACACAACCACAAACUUCUCGAUAGUCUGCAAUACCAGGAGCGGCUUUACAAUAUGAGGCACACCGCACUUCACCAGAGGAACACAGGACAAUUUACUGAAGUCGAGGCUGAGAGGGAAGACGUAUUGACGACUGCCAAUGAGAAGGUCAAGUUGAAAAAAGCUUCAACUAUCUAA